AUGAUCACUUCAGAAAAACCUAGCGAAGCACAAACCCAACUGCACCCUCCUCCAGCGUACGGGGAGAACUCUGGUGCAUCGCCGGCACAAGCGCACAAUCCUUACUUCCAACAACAGCCGCAGCCACACAUACUAUAUCCGCCUCCAGGGUCGCCAUAUCAGGAGGGGCCACCAUCUUCACCACCACAAGUAUAUCCCCCUCAGCAGGUGCAGCAGCCAUGGUCUCCCAACAUGCAAGACCCAAUGGCUAGGGAUGUCCAAAUCGGCCAGAACUAUCAAGCUGUUCGGAAGGCAUGA